GUGUAAGAAAGAAAAACACAAAUAGUGACAAAAUGACAAAAUUAACAUAGCAAAACAUUGUUAUUUUGAUAAUUAUGGGGAGCGAUACAGUCUGUCGGAUCUGUCUGGAAUUUAAUGUUAAAAUGUACAGUUUAAAGUUUUAUCCAUUGGAGACCUAUUAUGAAGAUAUCGUAGAAGUUAACCCCGAAUGUUCUCCAGAUCUACCACAGUGUGUAUGUUAUCUUUGUGCAGGAUUAUUGAAAAAGUAUAGCAGAUUUAAAAGUAAAUGCUUAGUUGCACAAUCCUUAUUUUAUAAAAUACUAAAGUCUGGUAAAAAGGUCAAUAUUGAAUCAGUAAAAUCAUUAGAUAAACACUAUUUGAAAAAAUCAUUGACUAUUUAUACUGAAACGGAUGUCACACCAACAGACUUAUUCCACAACGAUUCUCCUACAGAAUAUUUGGACAUUCCAGCUGAUGAUAAUAUUAUUAUAGAAAAUGAAGACUCAUUAGAAAUAAAUGAAACAAAUUCAGAAGACUAUUGCAAUAUUGAAUACCUAAGCGAUGAAGAUUAUAGUGACUUACAAUCUCAGUUGGAUUCUAAAGAACUAUCGUUGGUACAUUUACAAGAAGAAAUUAAUACCAAUAGUAAUCUGAGCGAAAAUGACAUCAAAAUUGAGGCUGUAUCGAGUAGAGAAUUCCAAUUUGUUGAUACAAUCGAUGAUAUAUCGUCAUCACCAUCAGAGAAAAUUGGAGUUAAACAACCGAAGCGGAUUAGUAAAUCUAAUAUUUCUAAAACAGAUUCUGAAUAUCCUAUGGAAAAAAUUAGAAGGACCACACUUGAAGUAUCAGAAGAUGAAAUUAAUCUAAACGAAUGUUGUACCAUACAGAUUUUAAGCAAAGAAAAGCAGUUAGAAGAGAUAAUGAAACGGAAAUAUUCUAAAAACUACAAAAACUCUCCGCACAAGUGUCAGCUCUGCUACAAAGGUUUCUUGAACAACGAUGCUUGGAACCAUCACUUGUCCAAACAUUCAUCUAGCGCGGGCAGCUUGCAGUGCCCGGUGUGCAAGCUCCGGUUCAAGACCAGACAGAACCUGUACCGCCACGGGAUCAACCACGAGAGGAAGUACAUCUGUAAGCGGUGCAACCACGUCGCCACCACGGCUAAUCAAGCGAAGAUGCACCAGAGAUGGCACAGAGGGAUCACGUACACGUGUCACCUCUGCGGCGAAGUGUCCACGAAGUACACGUCACACCUGAGUCACGUGCGCAUCAAGCACCCGUCGCAGUUCGUGUGCGGCGCGUGCGGCUCUUCCUUCGUGAGCCGCCUGGGUCUGGCCAUGCACCGCGCCGUCAUGCACAAGCACCGCCCCGAGGCGGCGGAAGGCGGGCCGUACUGCGCGGAGUGCGACCUGCGGUUCGCGUCGCGUGCCGCCUACUCCAAGCACCUGCUCACGUCCGUCAGGCACGUCGAUGACGUCAACAACAAGUGCCGCAUCUGCGACGGGUCCUUCGAGUCGAGCCAAGCGCUGCAGGACCACGUGGCGCAGUGCCGCCGCGGGCUCCCCGAGAGGCCGGCGCCGCGGCCGCGGGGGGGCCGCCCCGCCCCCGCCCCGGACCAGAGCUGGCCGAUUAUAUGUGAACAGUGUCCGGAGCAGGUGGGCAGCGCGCGCGACUACUGGAACCACUUCCGGCGCGCGCACCCCGACCAGCCCUACCCCGCGCAGAGCAAUCACGUGUGCGACGUGUGCGGCCGCGGGUUCAGGCGUAAGUCGAUGUUGGUCUACCACAAGUGGAGUCACUCUGACGAACCCAAGUUCAAGUGUGAGACGUGCGGCAAGGCGUUCCAGCAUCCCAACGGACUCUAUUUCCACCGGAGAUGGCACACCGACCUAAGGCCGUUCUCCUGUCCCGUCUGUCCCAAGGCCUUCCUGGACAAGUUUGGGCUCGAGAGGCAUUUGAGGUGUCACACAGGGGAGAAGCCGUACCGCUGCCAGCUGUGCGACCGGGCGUUCAGCCAGUCCAACAGCCUCAAGGGACACAUCCAGAGCGUCCACUUGAAGAAGCCCUACCCCAAGCGCGCGCGCAGGCGCCGCCCCCGCCCCGACCCCCGCGCCCCCGCCUCGCCCCCCGCCUCGCCCCCCGCCGCGACCAACAAAAAACGGCUCAGUCGAUGAGUCUCCACAAAAACUUUGACGGUAAACAGUGCUCUAGAUCAGUGGUGCGCCAAUAUAGUUCGACUAUGACGCCUUCAGUACAGUAUUACUGGUGGUAGGACCUCUUGUGAGUCCGCACGGGUAAGUACCACCGCCCCGCCUAUUUCUACCGUGAAGCAGUAAUGCGUGUUUCGGUUAGAAGGGUGGUGCAGCCGUUGUAAUUAUACUGAGACCUUCGAACUUAUAUCUCAAGGUGGGUGGCGCAUUUACGUCAUAGAUGUAUAUGGGCUCCAGUAACCAAUUAACACCAGGUGGGCUGUGAGCUCGUCCACCCUUUUAAGCAAUAAAAAAAAGAAAUAUUUGGGCGACCCCUAGAUAAGGAGGAAGUAGUUCAUAAAUCGACCGAAAUGUAAAAAAAUUGGAGACCACCAACCAUCUUCCGGUGAUCCCCACAGAGGUCGCGACCCCCCAUUUUGCGCACCACUGUUCAAUAUUAUUAAAAUCAGUAGACUCUUAGCAUGUAAUUAAUUAUAGUAAAUGUAUUGAAGAAAUAAUUUAUGUUGUUUAAUAAAGUUCUGAGAACUGA